CCGAGACCUGUCUCAGUCUUCCUCUCUCUUCUCCUGUAAUCCCUCGCUCCCCUUCUCUCUCUCGCUUUCUCUCUCUCUCUCACACACACAAUAACUCACUCACUCAGCACACGCUCACCUGUGAUCACUCGUCUUUUCCCAUUCACUCGGUUUUCCCGGCCGUGCAGGUUUCUCGUCGUGGUUCCUCGUCGGGUGGAGGGCGUCCCUUCACCGCCCAGCCGCUAGGCACCAUUACCCCCUCUGAGAGACCCACGCUGGCAUCCCAGCCGCUUCCGCGCCUCAGCCUGGGCAGGAAGACCCUGGUGGGGGCCGCCGUGGGUGUGAUGCUGGUCCUGAUCCUUGUGGUGCUCAUUCCCGUGCUGGUGAGCAGCGUGGGCGACGACGCCGGCCGAUACGAGAUGCUCGGCACCUGCCGCAUGGUGUGCGACCCGUACGCGGAGAAGGGCGCCGCAACCACCGGCACCGUCAGCACCAGCAUCCAGGCAGAGGCGGAGGCGCUGAGUGACCACAGCAUGGGCUCGCCGCUGCCCACCUACGCCCACGGGCUGCCGGGGAAGCCCGGUCGGCCCGGGAAGCCCGGACCCCCCGGACCGCCCGGAGAGCCUGGUCCGCCGGGUCCAAUGGGUCCGCCGGGGGAGCGCGGCGACUCGGACGCCGAUCGGACCGGGAUUUUAAUGCUGGGGGGGCGGACGGGAGGUAUCGGCACGACGACGUACUCGACAGUUCCGCGCGUGGCAUUCUACGCGGGGCUGCGGAACCCUCAGGAGGGCUACGACAUUCUGAAGUUCGACGACAUCGUCACCAACCUGGGAAGCAACUACGACGGGGCUUCUGGGAAGUUUGUGUGUAAGAUCCCCGGCACCUACUACUUCACUUACAAUGUCCUGAUGAGGGGGGGCGACGGAACCAGCAUGUGGGCUGACCUGCUCAAGAACGGACAGGUGCGGGCCAGUUCGAUCGCCCAGGACCAGGACCAGAGCUACGACUACGCCUCCAACAGCGCGGUGCUCCACCUGGACGCGGGCGACGAGGUCUUCAUCAAGCUGGACGGGGGCAAGGCCCACGGAGGCAACAGCAACAAGUACAGCACCUUCACAGGGUUCAUCCUCUUCGCCGACUAGACCAUGGUUCUGGGGGUGGGGGGGAAACGAAAAAGGGGGGCAUUGUCAAGGAAGAGGAGGACUUUUUUGGCGAGGCGGGGGGCAUGCCAGCUACAGCAUUGGUGAUGCUGGUGGGACGAUGGUGGACUUUUGGGCGAUGGGUCGAGGGGGGUGAG